AACUGCGCAACGGCAGACGCGUUGAGUCGAUCAGCUGAUCGCGUGCUUCGUUUUCCCUUCGUAUUAUACGAAAUCAAUUUGAAAAUUCUUCUGGGUCACCGAUUCGAUCGGGAACAGUGAAAAAUGAGUGCCGCGAAGGUAGAAAACAGUGAGUACAGUGAUUACCGUAGCCCUUUGGCGACUAGAUACGCGUCGAAAGAAAUGCGAUACAACUUCAGUGACCAACACAAAUUCAGCACGUGGCGGAAACUGUGGAUCUAUUUGGCUAAAGCAGAGAUGCAACUCGGUUUGGACAUCACGGCCGAGCAGAUCGCCGAAAUGGAGGAUCACAUAGACGACAUCGAUUUCGAAGCCGUCGCGAAAGAAGAGAGGCUGACCAGACACGACGUUAUGGCUCACAUACACGUGUUCGGGAACCAGUGCCCGAAAGCUGCUCCCAUUAUCCAUUUAGGCGCAACCAGUUGUUACGUUGGAGACAAUACGGAUUUAAUUAUAUUACGCAGUGGGUUCGACUUACUCCUGCCAAGAGUAGCGAACUGCAUGUCGAGGCUCGCAACGUUUGCAAUGGAGUACCGCGACGUCCCAACGCUGGGUUUCACUCAUCUUCAGCCGGCCCAACUGACGACUGUCGGCAAACGAGCCACCCUGUGGCUCCACGAGCUCAUGAUGGACGAAAGAGCCAUGCGACGAGCUAGGGACGAUCUCAAGUUCCGCGGAGUGAAAGGCACCACUGGCACCCAGGCGUCUUUUCUUCAGUUAUUCAAUGGAGACGGAGAAAAGGUGAAGAAACUGGAUCAAUUAGUAACCGGGAUGGCUGGCUUCGAGAAAACUUACCCAGUGGUCGGGCAAACUUAUACUAGAAAAGUCGACGUCGAGUGCCUGAAUGUUCUCAGCUCUUUAGGCGCGACAAUACAUAAAAUAUGCAGCGACAUUAGGCUUCUAGCUUCCAUGAAGGAAGUCGAGGAGCCAUUCGAGAGCACGCAGAUAGGUUCCAGCGCCAUGCCAUACAAGAGGAAUCCUAUGCGGUCUGAACGGUGUUGCAGCAUAGCCCGGCAUUUGAUGAUUCUAGUGAACAAUGCGUUGCAAACCGCGGCGACACAAUGGAUGGAAAGGACGCUGGACGAUUCGGCGAAUAGGAGGAUCACGCUGGCAGAAGGGUUUUUAUCGGCAGAUGUGAUUCUGAUGAUCCUCCAUAAUAUCACAGACGGUCUCGUUGUCAAUCGCAAGGUUAUCGAGAGACACGUGGCUCAAGAACUGCCUUUCAUGGCGUCGGAGAAUAUAAUAAUGGCGAUGGUGAAGGCUGGUGGCGAUAGACAGGUGUGCCACGAGAAGAUACGAGUAUUAUCCCAAGAAGCCGCUGCGAAAGUGAAGCAACACGGUCGUGACAACGAUCUGGUCGAGAGGAUCAGGAACGAUCCUUAUUUCAAGCCGAUCCACGAUAAACUCGACGAUCUCCUCGAUCCAUUGACGUUUAUCGGCCGUGCACCCGAUCAAGUAGUCGAUUUCGUGACAGAAGUGAAUCAGGUGGUGGAACAGUACAAAGGAAAACUUGAGACUCCCGUGGAGCUGAACAAUUGAUCGAAACAUUCCGUGAAUGACGAACUUCUUCCUCCAGGAUACGGGGGAAUGUACUCAAGAAAACAUACGAAAUAACCGUUUGAUCAUGAAAUAGAGAAGUAAUGCGAUUAAUACAAGAUUAUUUUAUAAGCUUCACACAAACCAAAAAGAAAUAAAGGGAAAAAAACUAAAUAAACGAAGGAGAAAAGAGAAAUGUAAUAGAACGCACUGUUUUGCAGCCGCGUGCACGCUUCUUCGACACGCUCGAACGUUUCUCGUCUGUUGUUUUUCAUUUUAUUGCUUUCGUUUUGCUCGUUUUGUCGUGUUCUUCUCGCUUUUGCGUCCUUUUGUUUCGCUCGGUGUUUUUGUUUUGAUCGACUUCUCUCGACGACGUAACCGCUGUGAUAGCGAGCGCACCGUGAAAGAACGGAGUUGGACGGACAUGGCGGAACGCGGCGUCCCGGAGGAAACAGUAAUCACGGUAUUUACAUGUUGGAGACGAAUUGUCAGAGUGGCGGAGAGAGUUCAGCAGAGAGAAAGAAAAAAUAGAGAAGGUAGAGCAGAAUGCUGGAAAAGAAAGACAGAAACGUAGGAGCCGAUCGUUUUAUUUUUUUAAACACAGACACCAGACGCGGUAACAGUUGCUUGUACCGCCAUUAAUUCGGCCUCUGGCACGUUGACAGUUACGACGUUUAGAAAAAUUCUCACUGGUCCGUUUCGAACCUGACAGUUUUUUCUUUUUUCUACUGACACAUGUUCAUCAGAGAAAGAUUCAUGUUUAUUAAUACCUCACAGUAAACCUUUGAUCUUUUUCCCAAUGGAAAUCGUACGUAAAUGCCACAUCGGUCAACGUAUCAAUUGUGUUUUCGUUAAAAAUCAGACUUUCACUUAACCCCGUCAGACCUGAAUGUUCAUAAACUAUUUAAUCAAAAUAUUUCCUCGCUUUUUGUCGUUGCACGCUUAAAAUUCAAGUUUAUCCGAUAAGAAACCUACGGAAUGGUUUUAGCGUCAACGGUCGAUAAACCAGGUUCCUGUUACUCCGUUUUUACUUGACCGAUAAUUCCCGAAUUUAUUUUGAAACAACGAAAUUAUUGUGAAUUGUACUGCACGUUAGGUCUGAAGGGGUUGAAGUUGUUCCGCGUUCGCGGGCAAAUUUGAGAAAUCGGCGGAGCAACUGCCACGUUUCACAGAAACAGCUAAAAAUGUAAACGUUUAACCUGAUACAGGAAACAAUUGGCUGUUUGAGAGUAGAAACAGUUUUAUAGCACUUGAGAAUCACAGCACGAGGGAGAGAAAUAGUCAGAGAUUGUGUUCGCGUCGUUCUUUCGUGAGACAGCGUGGAUCGAGUGGACGAUAGCUGCGGAGGACUAGAUUAGAAAGGGAGAACAGAAAUGAGAACGAAAAUAAGAACAGAUUUUUCCGCGCGAGAGUGACAGAAACUUCCAUUGUUGUCACGCGUUGGUACGAGCACAAUUCUCUCAGCGUGUGAAAGAUUAUAUACAACGUUAUGAGAGAGAUUGUCACAGAAAUUUCGAGAGAAAGCGGAUAGAAAGGGGAGAAGAGAGAAAAAGAGGAGAAUGAGAUUCGCAGCUGUCGACGAAAGGGAGACGAAGUUUUUGCAGAGACAGUCGAAAGAAUAGUGAAACGAUAAGAUUGACCAACAGAUGGGAAUAAAAAGAGAGCGAAGUUUAGUAACGUUUUUGAAAAGAAAGAAGAGAAAAGGUAUAUCUUAUGUAAAAGUAAAAUGCACAGCAUUAUUAGAGCAUUCAAUUUCCUAAUCGUAUCGAUAAGAAGACUAGAGGAGACGUCGCGUUUCCCGCGGCGUGUAUUUAACAGAUUAAGAAUGAAAUUUGCGUUUUCGAAGGAGGAAGUGAAGAAAAUGAUAGAGUAGAAUACAGAAUUAUAGAAGAGACGGAGAUGUAGACAGAGACGAAGCUAAGAAAAGAGACAGAGUAUAGAUGGAAGACGAAAACGGGAAUUUUUACAAGUAUGUACAGAGUUUGCGGAACUAAUGAGUGAGAUGUCUGCACAGAGAGUAAACAGCUAAUAGAGUAGAAGAGUAGACUGAAAAUGAAGAACAGAAGAUUCAGAGAUGAAAAGAAUUGAAGAGAAAAGAUUGAAAAUACUAGAGAAAAAAUAUUCUGAGAGCAUAGGGGAGAAGAAAAGAAUUGAAGAGAAAAGAUUGGAAAGUGAAAAGUAGACAAAUUUUUCAACGAAAUUUCAGUAGAGGGACAGAAGUAAAUAGAGUCGAAUGUAUUUAAAUAAUAGUGUAGAAUCAAUAAAUAGAUGACAGUGAAUGACAGUGAAUGAAAGGAGAAAGAAAGUAGAGAGGAGAAAACAAGUGAUAGAAAUAUAGAAGAAUGACAGAGAAUUUUGAAAGAGAGACAGAGGAAGAAGAAGAAGAAACAAAAUGAAGGAUGAUGAAGAGAAAAGAAAUAUCGAUAUAAAAUAAUGUAGAAAGUAAUAGGUAGAAAAAUAAAAUUAGAAUUGAGUAAAAGUACAAUAAAGUAAAAAAAUAAGUAAAGUCACCAGAAGAUUGGCGUGCAGGAAUUUGAAUGUGAGAGUUGUAGAAAACAGAAUAGAGAGACUAGAAUAGGCAAAUGAAGAAAUAGUGAAAGAAGAACGGAGACAUAGAGUAACAAGGAAGUAGAAGAAAAUUGAGUAAAGAAGAAGGAAUCUGAACUAGAGAAAAAUUUACAAAGGUAGUUCAGAAAUAGAUCGCAAAAGACAAAAGUAGAGAAGUAGAGAAGACAAAAGAAUAAGAAUGAACGGAAGAGAACGAAGAAUUUUUCAAACAAUUAAUAUUUACUUAAUGUAGAAUCAGAAAAUAGCACCUAGAAGUGUGAAUAAUAGAUACACAGUAACGCAAUAAAUUUCAGGUACUUCAACACAUUGGAGUAAAAAAAUGAAGAAACAAAAGAAUUCUAUUAAAAGUUUCAGGAAGCAAUUAGAGAUGAAAUGAGUAAAAAGGAGAAAGCUUGUAAUGAAAGAAAAUAAAAUACCAGGGAGAAAGAGAGAGUAGACUAGUCGCAGGAAGCAUAUAAUUACAGUGUGGCGAGAGAAAGUACGAAAAUAAGAGACAAAAGUGUGCAAGGCGAGGAAAGCUUGGAAGCCUCGAAGAAGAAGAAGAAAAAGAAGAAAGAUAGGUAAAUAUUUGCUUCCUUAAAAUUUCGGUCUAUAAUAAUAUUUCAUGGCAACUUCAGCAAAUUUUGAGAUCGUAAUACUGACAGGUAUUCAUAAGGGAGACGUACAAGUAACUGUAAAUAUGAAAUAAUUAGAAAGUAAUUAGAAACGAGUAGAAAUAAAUAGCGUAGGUACAGAGGCAAGGUAUCAGAGAGAAUAAACGAAUAGGAAGGAAGAUAGAAAGAGAGAAAGACAAUCUUACGAAGGAGAAAAGAUUAAAGCAAAAAAAUAGUAUAUAAGAAUUGAAGGAUUUGUACACACGUUUAGAAUACGAAGGUAUAUGUACAAUGAAAAUACACCGGAAGGAGAAAGUGUACAUAGAGACAGAGAAGAUAAGGGGAGAAGAGAGAACAGGAAAGAAUAGAGAAGAAAGCUCACGAAUUCCGAGUUCAAGGUAGAAACGAGAGAUUUCGAGAGAGAAAGAGAGAGAAUGAAGGUAAAAGGGCUAUCACAAAGCGUUAGGUUCGCGGAGAAGAUUGAAACCGCUCUGAUCGAUCAUUUUCCAAUUCAGAACUCGUACAAUUUCCGAUAACAAUCACUACGAGCGAUCCCGUUUGGCAAGUGGACGAUAAAAGAAAAUAAUGUAUCAUCAAUUCGCAGUUUGAUCAAAUAUCAAUCGAACAUCGAGUUCUCUCCAUUUUGCACUCUUCAGCAUCAGGUCGAUAUCAGGUAACCAUGAUAAAAUAUAUACCAAGAUCGUCAGUAAUCAGCCUUCAACAAAUAACAACGAACAUCUUUCACAAUAAACUAUGGACCAAACAAACAAUGAAAAUGCUGAUUACCGAAGCGAAGGUGUUUUUCUCCUUAUCAAGGAUUUUUAGUUCACGUUGAGUCCCGAUCGAUUGAAAUGAAUUUUCGGAUCGAAUGUCCUAUGGAUCUUUAGCUUUUCGAAUAUUCCCGAUUGUUCAACGCGAUUUUUCGGAACGGUCUCCGAUCUUGAGGAAACGGUUGUCUCUUCAGAGGUUCAACGAUUCGAUUCGAGUUACUUCUUGGCGAUUCGAUACCCGGAGAACGUGGCGUUGUCGUUUAUUUUCCCGGAAUCAACGAAAACGGCGAUCUGAUCUCCGGCCUCGAGUUCCAGCAGGAUCAAAUUGGCGCCUCCGCCUGGACCGGCGCCGACCACCGGCUGCCAGCUGUCGGAGUUGUUCAAUUUCUUUUUCAGCGUGAGCUGCAGAUCGGUGCUGCCGUAACCGGCGAAGCUGAACUGAUACAGCCCGGGACAGUGGGUCGUGAAGAUCCCGGUCUGCGCGACGUAGCCUACGCCUUUGUCGACCAGCGUCUCGGCAAGGACUACUCUGGCGAGCUAUCCAACAGAAUUAUUCCUUUGUUUAUUUCAUCGUUAACAUUCUAUCGUGAUUACUGUUUCCAUCGUUAGCACUGUUAGAAUAAGUGACAAAUGGAAUUGAAACGAUUCAAAUAUAAAAAUUCCUUCGUUAACACGUUGACUGCUUCAAAAUUGCUUAACACUAGAACUACCGAGCAUUUAAUACGAUUAAUAUGCAAUUCCCAUAAAAAUUGUAACAAUAGAUUCAGUUUA